AUGAAGUUCUUGAAUUUUCCUACGUCAGGGUCAGGAAAUUUCGCGAAUUCUGAAUCGUUUUUCGUCAUUUGAAAAUAGAUUUCCUCGAAUCUGGCUAUAAGAAAUUGGUCUCAAUGCAAGAUAAUGUAUGAGCUACGAGAAAUACUGAAAAAUCGUGUUUAUUAUGCUGCCAAGGAUGGAAUGUCUAUUGCAUUGUACACAUUGAUGAGCGAAAUUGAGAAAAAUGAUGUGAACCAGGUGAUAAAUGAGAAGUUUUCUGAAGAUGAUGGACAAGAAUGUACUCCACUAAUAGUUGCUGCAAGAAAUGGACAUGAAAGAGUGGUGAGGAUGCUCUUGACAAAGUUCAAUCCAGACCUUGAACAAGAAGGAACUGUUAAAUUUGAUGGUUAUGUGAUAGAAGGUGCUAGUGCUCUCUGGUGUGCUGCUUGUGCAGGUAAUCUCAAUAUUUGUAAAUCUUUAGUAAAAGCUGGUGCUGAUGUAAAUCAUGCUACUAAGACAAAUUCUACACCCCUCAGGGCUGCUUGCUUUGAUGGAAGAUUGGAUGUAGUGAAAUAUUUAACAUAUCACAAAGCUGAUCUCCACAUAGCUAAUAAAUACAACAAUACCUGUCUCAUGAUAGCAUCAUACAAGGGUCAUCUCGAUGUUGUCAGCUUCCUUUUGGAGAAUGGGGCCAAUCCCAAUGAAAAAGCUCUCUGUGGGGCAACAGCCCUCCAUUUUGCAGCAGAAUGUGGUUAUGUUGAUGUUGUGAAGGAGCUCCUUCAAUAUAAUGCAACAUUCUCCAACAAUGAUGCUGGGAUGACCCCCAUUAAGGCUGCUGCUGAAAGAACUAGGGGAGAUGUGGUGGAGUACUUUCUUGAAAGGCUGGAGAUCCCUUUGGAAGAGAGGAUAGAGGCCUUAGAACUCUUAGGGGCUUCUUAUGCCAAUGAUAAGGAGAAUUAUGAUCUUGCCAGGGGCUACAAGUAUAUGCACAUGUCAAUGGAGUUGAGGUACAGUGACCCAAACAACCCUGUUAGAAAGAUUUUGUUACCCCCCAUAGCUGCCUAUGAGGACUGGGUAGAGUGCCAAACGUUGUAUGAACUGGAAGCAAUAGAGGAAAACACCAAUAGCCUUCAUAUGGAAGCACUCACUAUCAGAGAGAGAAUACUGGGCACUCAAAAUCCAGAAGUGCCUCAUCCCAUCAUAUAUAGAGGAGCCGUUUUUGCCGAUAACGCCCGCUUUGACAGAUGUCUGGAAUUGUGGCUGCAUGCUCUGAAAUUGCGCCAGAGGAACUAUGUGUCUGUUGUGAAGGACCUUCUGAGGUUUGCUCAGGUGUUCUCACAGAUGCUCCACGUGGGGGUCAAGGUGACUUACAGUCACGUCUUCGACGUAUUGUCCGCCGCCAUUGUGGAGCUGGAGAGGAACAGAGACAAGCUGGUGAUGCCCGGCCCCAAAGACGACCCUGAAACUGUAAUGGUAAUUUACUCAUUUCUACAUUUAUUGGAUGACAUAGAAAGCAACAUGACAACCACUCUGUACCUUUUAACGAUCCUCACAAAACUGCUGAAACAGUGUUCCGAAGAAGAAAAGUUUGAUGUGAAUAGAAUGAUCUUCACUCUGAACCAGUUGCAAGUAACUCUGAGAGAUGGACAGUCGCUUUUGCAUCUUUCUUGCAAUUCAGAGACACCUGUUGAUGAUUUUCAUACCAAUGAUAUAUGCAAAUUUCCAUGUGCUGAAACAACGAAGCUGUUGAUACAGUGUGGAGCUAAUGUCAACGCCAUGGACGAUGAAAGAAAUACUCCCCUACAUGUGAUAGUUAAUUACCAUAAGGCUGUGUCUGAUUUCAUGACUUUACACUCGAUUAUUACGGAUCUGACUGAGAAUGGGGCCCAUCUCGACUGCGUGAAUAAACGAGGAGAAACACCCUUGGAAUCUUCAGCUACAGGUGUUGCUGAAAUCAUUCUGAAAACUCAAAUGAAAUUAAGUUUGAAGUGCAUAGCAGCCAAUGCAGUCAGGCACCACAGAUUGACCUACCAAGGUCAGGUGCCUCAAGCUUUGGAGUCCUUCAUUGAACUUCAUGGCCCUGGUAUCAAAAAAGCCUAGUCAAAAUUAGUUUUAAGUAUCAAUAAGUUUUUGAUAAAACAGAUUGUAUAUUGUACAUAUUUGAAAAUGUUUCAGCUUUUAUGAUGUGUUCAAGUUUAAUAAAAUGUUUCUAAAUAAU